AGCAUAAUAGAGCCCAAAACUGGGGCUUCUAAAUGCGUUUUUCUACGAGACAAAGUUGCUGAGAUCAUAGCAGAUACCAUAAAUGAUAUUCGGGACGAACGCUAUGAAGAAAUCAAAAAUAAAUGGAUUGAGCGACAAAAACAAAAGGCUGAAGUAGCUAAGGGCCAGAAAUCAAGCAGUCAGUCAAAAAUAGUGUCAAGUAACCCAUCGAGAUCCAUAUCUCGGACUGCAUCGCAAAUCAUAUCCCGAAGACAGUCAAAAGAUUUAUCACCUCAAGCGAUUGAGAAGUCUAUGCAGGAAGUCAAUGCAUUGAAGCACAACGAAUUCAUUGGAGAUUUAUCGGAAAUUACUGGCAGUUCAAACACAGUGAUCGAAAAUGAACUAGAUCGAUUUUUCGAAAUAUUAUGCAAAAACAAAUUCGAUUGCUCGCCGAUGUUCAGCACCCGUGACUUUGUUCAUGUGUACGAAUUCCAAAAGCAUUUCAUACACGAAUCGAUAAGAUUUUUCAUGGAAUAUGUCAAAAUUAUGCAGCAACACUUUUGGACACGAAUUAAAGAUUUUAACGCUUGGAUAAUACUUAGCAAAGCAUACUCAAAUCCAAACCUAUGGGAGAUGUCUCUUGAAGCUGCUGACUUGGUCAUGAAUUACCCCAACAACAGAGACGAAUUUUGUAGAUGCAUUAAAAAGAUGAGCAAAUUUAUCUGUGUUCUACUCAACGAUCGUCUCGAGAAAGAGAACAUUGUCGACGUGAAGAUGGUUUAUGAAUGA